AUGGCCUUUUCCAAGUUCGUUGUCGUCGCGGCAGCUCUAGCUGGUUCUACCCUCGCUCAAUCCGGCACUACGGAGCCUCAAUUCGACGUCGCCGCAAUCGCUGCAGCAGGUCCUCCGCCAGAGCCGAGUAUUGCCAUCAAUGUCCCUUCCCAAACUAUCCACUUUGAUGCUGUUGCAGUCGAGCAGUCUGCUGCCGCAGAGCAGAGUGCAGCCGCCCAGGACCCCAGCGGCACCAAAGUCAAGCGCGCUGCUUGUGAUCCUCAGAUCUUGGGGAAGGGUCCUGUCCCGAGUCCAGACACUGAUCAGGCUUUCGUGUCGUACUCGGCUUUCGCCAGUGCGGCUUUAGCGGCUCCUACUCCUGUUGGAUACACCAAUACUUUCAAGAGCCUCAAGGCUAUGAAUAAUGCUCUUGGAUACAUGGGGUACACUCUCUUGGACAGUUAUUAUGUGCCGCUUUGCUCGAAGAAGUGCGACGAGAUCAAUGGUUGCUCUGCGUUCAACGUCGCCUUCGAACGCUCUCCAUUCAAGGAUCCAUCGCCAAAGGGUGGUGCUUGUGAUCAGCCAGAUACCACGACUCUCAUCAAGUGUGUCUUCUGGGCGGCCCAGUCAACACAGCCAACGCCCAACGGCUACGUCAACCAAACCGUCGACUACGCCGAAGGCUACAAAGCUCCCACCUACCUCAACUCCCGCGCCAUCAACGCUCCAAACGACUGCAAUGGCCAAAGCUCCUACAUCGGCAACCAAUACUGGAGCGACGGCAAACCCUUCGACAGCCGUCGCUGCGCAGCCGCCUGUACCGCCCAGACCAACGCCAACCCGGGCACACCCUGCCGCUGCUUCAACACUUACGUGAUCAGCAAGGACGGCAAAUCGUUCGGGCAGUACUGUGCUAUGUAUAAGCAAGAAUGGGACGCUUCUUACGCUACUGUUGAUAAGGUUACUUACAACGGCGCGCCCUACUCGGUGUCGUACUCGUACGCUUUCUCCAACAGCGCGAACAACGGCCUGCCAUGCGUUAAGAGCCAGAUCACCGCUUGUGGGAGCAAGGUCGCUGGACGGUGUGGCACGUACCAGCAGUGUAACCCUGGUCAGAACUGCCAUUGUGGGUCUGAUGUCAAUGGCAACACAGCCUGCUUCCAGGAUCACUCUUGCGGUUCGCAGACUUGCACUACUAAUGCGCAGUGUGGCAGUGGCAGUAUUUGCCUGAACUCGAACAGCUGCUGUGGUUUUAGCAUUUGUGUGCAGAAUACUGUUUGUGCUAAUGGCUCGAAUGCUAGGCAUAUCUUCAGGAAGAGGCAGGGUGCUGAUGUUAAGACGGCGGUGCAUUUUCCCGGUGAUGAUAGCACUGUUCCCGCGGAUCAGACUGAGGCUGCUACGCCUGAUGCUUGA